CGGCGGGAGGCGAGGAGAUCCCCAACGCCGGAGCCGAGCCGCAGCGGAGCCGCCAGCGCUUCCCCGCCGCCUCCUGCCCGCGCCCGCCCCGCCGGCGAGAUGCUGUCGUGCCGCCUCCACUGCGCCCUGGCCCUGCUCUCCAUCGCCCUGGCCCUCGGCACCGUCUCGGCCGCCCCCUCGGACCCGCGGCUCCGGCAGUUCCUGCAGAAAUCCCUGGCUGCCGCCGCCGGGAAGCAGGAACUGGCCAAGUACUUUUUGGCAGAACUGCUCUCAGAGCCCAGCCAGACAGAAAAUGAAGCCCUGGAGUCUGAGGACUUGUCCCGAGGGGCUGAGCAGGACGAAGUGAGACUGGAGCUGGAGCGCUCGGCUAACUCAAACCCCGCUCUGGCGCCCCGGGAACGCAAAGCGGGCUGCAAGAACUUCUUCUGGAAAACUUUCACAUCCUGUUAGCUUUUGAAACCCACCUCUCCUCCCCAUCCAUCCCUGCCUUCUUCCUAGCCCCCUGCCCCGAGCAGAACCUUCACCACAAGAGGCGAAGACUGUAAAUACACGGUUAUGGUGAAAUGAAACACACGAGGAAAAUCUGAGUUCGAUUUCAAGUUGUUUUAAUAAAACUUUCUGUUCCAAUUGUACACGAUUUGCUUGAGUUGUGAUUUCUGACUAGUUCCUUAAUGACAUGCACUCUGCGACUCUUUCAGAUGUACUAUUUUUAAUCCUUCAUUGCAAUAAAGUUUAUGUUUCAAACAGUGA